AACUUCAUUCUCAAAAUAUUUUUGUUUUUCAAGAUAUGCUUAAAACAAAAGCUCGUUCAAUAUAUGAACAAUUAAAAGAUGGAGGUGUAGUAUUUCCAACUAUAUUUGUAGCAUCUAAUAGUUGGAUGACAGUAGUUAAAUAUGAAAAUUGGUUAAAAUGGUUGGAUAGUCAAGUUAAUCAGCCAACAGUUCUUUUAGCUGAUAAUUGCCACACUUAUUCAAGUCCUAGAUUAAAAAAUAUUAAAUUAAAAUUUUUGCCACCCAAUACUACGUCAGUUAUUCAACCAUGUGAUGCUAGCAAUAUUAAAAAUUUUAAAGCUAAUUAUCGUAAGUUACUAGUAACAAAAUGGAUAGAUAAUAUUGAAAAUGAAAAAUCUAUUGUGCCAAUUAAUAUUAAAGAAGCUAUUUAUUUUAUUUCUGAUAAAACACCAACCGAAGAGUCUAUUAUUAGAGAUAUUCUCAAAGAGCUAGGUUUGAUUGAUAUUGAAAAUUCAGAUUAUGAGAAUGACAAAGAUGAAGAAGAUGAAGAAUUUAUUGAUGAUUUGGUUCCAUAUAAUGAAGGGAAAAAAGCAUUAGAAAUUGCAAAGAAAUAUCUUGAGCAAUCACAAUUUGCUACUGAAAAUGAUAUUGAUUUGUUAUGA